AUGAAGGAAGAAGAAAAAGAUGACACUCGUUAUAAACCAUUUGAAUUUUCAAGAUUCUUACAACAACUUUCGGAAUGCUCUCAUCUCAAGAAACUCUCUUUAGAUCUAACAGCAUACUUGGUUGGGUCAUUCGAUAUGGUUACAGAGUACUACGAAGAUGAUAGUGAAGAAAUAAUGGUACCAAAAGUAAAUGAAUAUGUAAAUCAAGUUAUAUUCCCAUCGCUUUCAAAGUUUGUUAGAGAAACAACAUCACUUGAGAACAUAUCUAUCUAUUGGAAUGCUCUUUCUGUGUGGUAUGAAAUACGAGAUGUACUUCUCCUUUAUGAAGAAUCAUUUAAUAGUUUCAUUCAGUCAAUGAAGAUCAAUCAGACAAUCAAGAGUUGGAAGUUUGCAAACUUUCAAUGUUAUGAAUCGCUUGAUGAGCUAUUCCAAUGGAAACCUACCUCAUUAGCAUGGCUUCAAGAUGCUCUCCCUCGAACCGAAUUCAGAGAAUCAAAGGUUACAGCUCCACUAUUUGGAUUGAAUAACUUGGAAAAGGUAAACAAACUUCACGUUUACUUGAAAAAAGAGACUCUCCAUAUUUUAGGAAUAAUGGAUGCUUUAAGAUCAAAUCAAUCCAUUACACAUUUCAUUUAUAUUGGUAAGAUUGAUCACAGAUAA